UUCAGUACUGGUGCGCUACGGAGCGAUGUUGAACAGACGAUAAAAACGGUGAAAUACUUACAUUUCUUAAUAAAUAAUACAUCAGCCUCUAAUGAGUUACUGAAAAACUUUUGAUUUUCGCGGGCGUAUAAUGCGUAAAGCACAGGCAACUUCGCGCGGCGUCAAUGAUGAAGAUGAUGAUGCAGCAGUUGUACAGCUGCGCGCGCUCUUGAGGAGAUAUGAGCAUUACUGCGUGCAGACUGACAGCAGUCCCUGUAUUCUGCUCAAACACGACAUCCUCCUCAAAAUUGACCAGCAACAACAUCUAAAAAAGAUCACACUGUCAUUUCCAGAAUACAAGCCAUCAGAUGCAAUUUUGCCAAGCCUCCAGCCUCUGUUAAUGGCUUUACGAGAUGAACGUUACAUACACGUUGAAGAAUUAAACAUCUGGAGUCUUUCUCUCAAACAAAAAGACAUAGUUGAGCUGUGUCUUAUGUUGGAAAGAGGGGGAAGGACAGUGUAUCCCAUCAGAUCGUUGGAGAUCCUCGAUUGUAAACUCGAUGAUUGGUGUCUGGAAAGAUUAGGAAAGGCUUUGAACAGCAGUUACAUCACCACACUCUGCCUGGACUACACAUGCAUGAGCGAGGAAGGGUUGAAAGGUCUGCUCAGCAGAGGUAUUGGGUCUUGUCAAGUACAUUCUCUGAGUUUGUGUUAUUGUGGUUUGGGUUUGUGGAGUGGAACUUUGCUGGCUUCACUUCUCACCAAAAGUUCAAUAAGGGAGCUCUACAUUAAUGGCAAUGAGUUGCAGUGUAUGGGUGCCACUGAACUGCUAAGACCUGUAGCUGAAUACUGUCAGAAAAUAGCAGAGACCCCAAACAAGACCACAUCCAUCACAGAUGAAGCUGAAUUGAUCAAUCAACUAAGCAAUAAGAAGUCUUCCAUCCAAAGGAAAUCAGCACACAAAGGAAAGAAGACAAAAAAGAAAAGAGGAAAAACUAAAAGUCGUCCCAAGGUGAAGGAAGGGCCCUGGCUAAAGAAGCUGCAUAUGUUUGAUAACUCUAUCGACAACCAAGUGCCAACUCAGCUAAAGAGAUUAAUGGAGCUCAUCUGCAUUCUGGUUAAGUUCUCCAGUGAUCUGACCGAACUGGACCUUGGUGAGAAUCAUGUCGGAGAGGAUGGUGGGAAAAAGCUUUUAGAGGCCCUGAAAGACAGAAAAGCAGGUAAGCUCUCGCCAAUAAAAAUCCAAGUUUCAACGCGCAUGUCCACGGAAACUUUCAGUGCGAUUUUGAAAAGUUCAAAGGAGCUUAAAUCUAGAAAAAAGAAACGACAGAAGAAGGGAAAAAUAAAAUAGCGCUGGAUCUCUCCCGGGGUCUUGACAUGGACGGCUGCUCUGAUGGACUAUAAACAAAUGUUAUAUGUUAGCAUUUGUGAAAUCUUUUUCACCAUGUUCUCAAUUUGUUAACUUCAGAAUCUUCUUUAUUAUGGACUGAAUUAUGUUUGAUGAUCAGAGAGUGAAGAUCAAAUGAAAGCUAACCACAGAGUUCCAGAUGAUAAAACAUUCAUUUCUCAUUGGUUCAUCACUGAAGGAUCCUGGAUCACAUGUUCUGUUUCUUCAAUGAGAACUGGUGUUUGCAUGAAGAUGUUUGUUCUUCGUCGCUUUUUGUCUCUUGACAAUUUAUUGUGAAAGUUCAUAAAAAUUAAACAUAUUAUUAUUAUUAUUAUUGUUGUUGUUGUGAAAAUUGUGCUUGUUAUUCCAUAAGAGUUUAAUGCUUAAAAUGUUUAGAAUUUACAAAUGAUUUUUAUAGAUUUAUUGGUAGCACUUUACAUUAAGGUUAUAUUUGUUAACAUUAGUUAUUGCAUUAGUUAACAUGAACUAAUAAUGAACAAUACUUCUACAGCAUUUAUUAAUCUUCACUCUUAAAAAGAUAUACACAUCUUUGUGCGUUACGAUUUUAACACGUUAUGUUUAAUUUUAACACAUUAUGUGUCAUUUUGUGUUAAAAUAUAACACUAAUAUAACACUAAUAUAAGUUUUGUUCAAAUGUGUUUUUUCAAUAAUAACACAGAAAUUGGUGGAUUUUGGUUAAUUGUAAAGUGUAAUUAUAUAAUCUAAAUCUAUAUUAAAUCAAAGUCUAUUUAAUAAUAAUAAUAAUAAUAAUAAUCAUUGAUUGUAAUAAUAGUAUUGCUGUUACUUUAAAAUUAAAUGGUAACGUCUCUGGUAUAGUUUAACUCUAAACUUUCAACUACCUAUCAUGAAAGUUUACAAAUGUGUAAAUAGUUCGGCGAUCAUUAUGUCAAGCCUCGGAGAGAAAUUAUAUGAAUGAUUUCUUUU